AUGUUGUCCGAAGAAGGUGAAGAAAUGCGCCUUCUGCAACCCUCGCCUUUGAUAGCUCUGUUACAAUAUCGUUUCUUAAUAUGUCUUUUAAUACGGGACUUCAUUUUAAACGAGCGGCUUUAUUGGACUAGGCGGGUCGGGACUUUAAUAGCUCUGGUCAUUUCGCUUCAUGUCUACUUUGAGUUGGCUAUUUUGGCAGUCCUUUCUAUUGGGAUACCUCGCACUCUCUUUGAUAAACCGGAAUUUACUAAUGUCUACACAAUUCAAAUCAUGAACGCUUCCUCCUGCUAUGAAAACUGCCUCGGACUCCCGGAUACCAAAAAGAAGCUAAGGAGCUAUCUGGUAAAAUGGAACCUCAGAAAGCAUCGAACCCUUGGAAUCCACUGCCCUUCUAGUUUGUCUGGGACCGGGCUUAGAGAUGUGGUUUCUGAUGGGGAUAGUCGGCGGAGCACUACCCAGACCUGA